AUGGCAUUGAUUGAGUUUAUAUCCACUCUUUUGCUCUUUCCACAUUCACACGAAACACCUUUAGCCGACUUAUGGCUGCCUUCAACUAGCGGGCGUGCGAGGGAGGCCACCCAAAAGACGAUUCUUCUCGAAAGUGCUGCUCGACCAGUUGUAUUCGAAAAGAUCUCACUUUCAUUGAAGGAGCCAGGAUUUGAGGCUUGCCGACCCCCCUCGGAUCUUUCAGGUACAUCCACAGCGAACUCGUCGUUUACAUGUGCUCAACUUAAGACCAUUGAAAACGGCUCAUUGGUAGUGGAAUCGGAAGGCUAUAGUACCCCAGAACAGUGUGUAAGAGUUGAAAUUGCUUCACCAGUGCUCAAGGCCAGCAAGUCGUUUUCGCCGUCACGAUCACAUCAUCUGGGAAAUUCUGGACCUCAGCAUUACCCAUCAGCGGAACAACGGGUUUCCGAUUUGAAAUCUAUUGCUGAGGCUACGCAAAAAAUAUUCGACGAAACAAAAUUGAUGUCUAGACAUCAGACAAUGAAUGCGGAAAAAAAUCGAGAAAGUUUGGCUGACCGUCUAAGCAAAGGUUUGAUUUUUAGGCUUAUUUGGAUAAAUUUGUUAUUAAACAUGGACUGUCAGGAAUUCAUGAGCUGACC